GCGCAGAGCCCAGAGGGAUUUCUUUUUCCAGAGGCCACAGGGGAGCCCAGUCCCUUGCGAGCCCAAACCCCCGGCGCCUGCGAAAGUUUGAGUAUGGGAGCGGCAGUUUGGGGCGGCACGUCUGUGGCUUGAUAUUGGGUGACUUUCUGGAGGAAAGUUGAUUGCUUUUGAGAGGAGACAGACCCACUUUCCCUUGUCUGUGUCGUCAGAGCUCCAGGGAGGGACCUGGGUAGUCGGAGAAGCCGGAAACAGCGGGCUGGGGCAGCCACUGCUUACACUGAAGAGGAAGGACGGGAGAGGAUUGUGUGUGUGUGUGUGUGUGUGUGUGUGUGUGUGUGUGUGUGUGUUUUCUUUUUGGUGGUGGAGGUGGAGGGGGGGUGCUAGCAGGGCCAGCCCUGAACCCGCUGGACAGAACUACAGACCCAUGGGGCCUGGCAGUGCCCGCUGAGAGAGGGAGAAGACAGCAGAGGGGUUGGCAAGGCACCCUCCAAACCCCAGAUCAUGUCUCUGUGGGGUCUGGUCUCCAAAAUGCCCCCAGAAAAACUGCAGCGGCUGUAUGUCGACUUCCCUCAACACCUGCGGCAUCUCCUGGGCGACUGGCUGGAGAACCAGCCCUGGGAAUUCCUUGUCGGCUCAGACGCCUUCUGCUGCAACAUGGCCAGCGCCCUACUUUCUGCCACUGUCCAGCGUCUUCAGGCCUCGGCUGGAGAACAGGGGGAGGGGAGCACCAUCUUGCAACACAUCAGCACCCUGGAGAGCAUAUAUCAGAGGGACCCCCUGAAGCUGGUGGCCACUUUCAGACACAUACUUCAAGGGGAAAAAAAAGCCAUUAUGGAACAGUUCCGCCACCUGCCAAUGCCCUUCCACUGGAAGCAAGAGGAACUCAAGUUUAACACAGUCCUGCGGAGGCUGCAGCACCGAGUGGGGGAAACCUGCCUUCUCCGCAAAGCCCUGCAGCCUGGGGCUGAGGGAGGCCAAGUGUCUUUGCACAGCCUGAUAGAAACUCCUGCCAAUGGGACCGGGCCAAGUGAGGCCCUCGCCACGUUCCUGCAGGAGACUGUCGGGGAGCUGGAGGCUGCCCAGGCCCUGGUGCUGAAGAGGAUCCAGAUUUGGAAACGGCAGCAGCAGCUGGCAGGGAAUGGCGCACCCUUUGAGGAGAGCCUGGCCCCACUACAGGAGAGGUGUGAGAGCCUGGUGGACAUUUACUCCCAGCUGCAGCAGGAGGUGGGGGCGGCUGGUGGGGAGCUUGAGCCCAAGACCCAGGCAGCGCUGAUUAGCCGGCUGGAUGAAGUCCUGCGAACCCUCAUCACCAGCUCUUUCCUGGUGGAAAAGCAGCCCCCCCAGGUUCUGAAGACUCAGACCAAGUUCCAGGCCGGGGUUCGAUUCCUGCUGGGCCUGAGGUUCCUGGCGGCCCCAGCCAAGCCUCUGAUGGUCAGGGCCGACAUGGUAACCGAGAAGCAGGCGAGGGAGCUGAGCAUGCCCCAGGGGCCCGGGGCUGGAGCAACUCAAGUGGGGAGAUGGAGAUUAGGGGCCAGUAGUCCAGGCCAUUCGCCGGUGGACUCAAGCUCCUGCCACUCCUGGCCCAGUUGGGAUGAGCCACUCUCUGACUUGCCUGGCAGAGAAAGCACCGGGGAAAUCAUUAACAACACCGUGUCCCUGGAGAACAGCAUUCCCGGGAAUUGCUGCUCUGCCCUGUUCAAGAACCUGCUUCUGAAGAAAAUCAAGCGGUGCGAACGGAAGGGCACAGAGUCUGUCACCGAGGAGAAGUGUGCCGUGCUCUUUUCCACCAGCUUCACGCUCAGCCCCAACAAACUCCCUAUCCAGCUCCAGGCCCUGUCUCUGCCCCUGGUGGUCAUCGUCCACGGCAACCAAGACAACAAUGCCAAAGCCACCAUUCUGUGGGACAACGCCUUCUCUGAGAUGGACCGCGUGCCCUUUGUGGUGGCUGAGCGGGUGCCCUGGGAGAAGAUGUGUGAAACUCUGAACCUCAAGUUCAUGGCUGAGGUGGGGACCAACCGGGGGUUACUCCCAGAGCACUUCCUCUUCCUGGCCCAGAAGAUCUUUACCGACAACAGCCUCAGCAUGGAGGCCUUCCAGCACCGUUCUGUGUCCUGGUCACAGUUCAACAAGGAGAUCCUGCUGGGUCGUGGCUUCACCUUUUGGCAGUGGUUUGAUGGCGUCCUGGACCUCACCAAACGCUGUCUCCGGAGCUACUGGUCAGAUCGGUUGAUCAUCGGCUUCAUCAGCAAACAGUACGUCACUAGCCUUCUUCUCAACGAGCCUGAUGGAACAUUCCUCCUUCGGUUCAGUGACUCAGAGAUUGGGGGCAUCACCAUUGCCCAUGUCAUCCGGGGCCAGGAUGGCUCCCCACAGAUAGAGAACAUCCAGCCAUUUUCUGCCAAAGACCUGUCCAUUCGCUCACUUGGUGACCGAAUCCGGGACCUUGCUCAGCUCAGAAACCUCUACCCCAAGAAACCCAAGGACGAGGCUUUCCGGAGCCACUACAAGCCUGAGCAGAUGGGUAAGGAUGGCAGGGGUUAUGUCCCAGCUACAAUCAAGAUGACUGUGGAAAGGGACCAGCCACUUACCACCCCUGAGCCCCAAAUGCCUACCAUGAUGCCCUCUUACGAUCUUGGAAUGGUCCCUGACUGCUCCAUGAACAUGCAGCUCGGCCCAGAUAUGGUGCCCAAGGUGUUCCCACCACGCUCUCACUCCAUCCCCUCAUAUCCAGCCCUUCCCCGGGAAGAAUCGGUCAAUGUGCUGCCAGCCUUCCAGGAACCUCACCUGCAGAUGCCGCCCAACCUGAGUCAGAUGAGCCUGCCCUUUGACCAACCUCACCCGCAGGGCCUGCUGCCGUGCCAGCCUCAGGAGCAUGCCGUGUCCAGCCCCGAGCCCUUGCUCUGCUCAGAUGUGACCAUGGCGGAAGAGAGCUGCCUGAGGCGGUCGGUGGGAGGGUUCCCUCAAGGCACCUGGGUCCGUGAAGACAUGCUCCCACCCUUGCUGCCUCCCACUGAACAGGACCUCACCAAGCUUCUCUUGGAGGGGCAAGGAGGGUCAGAGGGAGGGUCCUUGGGAGCCCAACCCCUCCUGCAGCCCUCCCGCUAUGGGCAGUCUGGGAUCUCAAUGUCCCACCUGGACCUAAGGGCUAACCCCACUUGGUGAUCCCAGCUGGAGGGGGAGCCCAGAGAGACAGCUCUCCUGCCCCCAUGGACCUGCUGUGAACACCUGCCUGUGCUCCUGCCAAGCAGCAGCUGGGGAGGGUGUCCUCCUAUCCCCACCUACUCCCUCGUCAGGAGGAAAAGACUUUGCCAGGAGAAUGUACAGUGGGUGGAAAAUAUCUACUCCUUCCCUCCCACCACACACCCCUGCCCUCCCCUUUCCAAAUACUGGAAGGGAAAUUCAGGCUCCAAGUGAGACACGCCCCAAAACGCCUGCACACGCAGCACACACACACUCACACACACACACACACAGCCCUCCUUGGAAGAUGGGGCUGAGCAGGAAGGGGGCUGGGCCAGAGCACAGGGUGAGGGCAUGGAGGGCUUCUCUGCUUGCCCCGAGCCGGGGCUCAGGACACACACGUGGAAACACACAGACACGUGCACGCAUCUGCUUCAGGGGCUAGGGAUGGAGGUAUGGGCUUGGGUCCCAGCCCUGGGGGGAUGGGAAACAGUUCAGGAGACCCUGGGAGAGAGGGGGGUCUGUACGUUCGGUUGCUGAUGUGGGUUUUACCCAGAUUAAAAAACAAAUCCCCAUCAGCUCCAAAUUCCUGUCAGUCAGAUGGAGGCUUCUGGAUAUGUGUAUGACAUUGUGCAGAAGUACAAGGGCCGAGUUUGUGUAUAGCUGUGUGAAAGUGUGUGGACCUGAGACAUGUUAAUAUGUAGAUGUCACACACACGUUAGUUUUAUGGCCACAGAGAACACGUACCUCUCUGAUUUUGCCUGUGUGACAACACAAGUUUGUAAGUGUGAGACACUGCACAAAAGACACCAGCGAGUAUACUGGCCUCUCUGAUGUAUGCUAACCCAAAUGUACUAAUCUUUGAGUAUGACUGUGCCCAGGUUGGGUCUAUGUGGCUGUAGCUUCGGUGGCUCAACACCACCAAUCCUGCCCAGAGGCAGAGGCUGAGCCUGGGGUCCAGACUCAGGUGUGUGGUCCUCUUGGUGUAUUGGGGGCCCUACCCACUGCUUCUUUUCUAUUUCCCCACCCACCGCCAGCUUCCCUCCACUCCCCAACCCCAUGCCACCCUUUCUCCAUCUUGGGGGUCAUAGAUCCUAAGCCAUAAAAUAAAUUUUAUUCCAAAAUAACAAAAUAAAUAAUCUACUGUACACGAUCUGAAAAGAAA